AUGAUCUUUCAGAGAACAACAAGUAAAACUACAUUCACGAAUGCUGCGUCGUUGGCCACUUCAGUCAACUCUCAAGAAGAGGUCAACCAAUCUUUCAACCUAAGACUUCCUGCUCUAAAUCAAACUUUUGCAGACCCUUUGAUGCUCCAAAGCCUCAUGCAAAGUUAUUGCAUUUGAGGACCAGAACUUUGUCACCAAGACUUCUUAUCAUUGAAGUGCGGAUCUAUUUCACUACCCAGCAAGAGCUUUAUUCACCCAAGUCCAUGAGACUUCAGUUGGAAUGGUAACAAAAGAGACUAUAAAGCUUUCAUUCAACAGGAAUUUAAAGCCGAAGGUAACGAUGUCGACACUACACUGCAAAAUCACCAGCCAAGCUAUCAUAAAAGAACUUGUAAAAAGUUAUUACCCUUUGAGGUACAAGAUACAAAUCAGAAGCAUUCAUCAGGCCCUCUCAGACCUAGAGGAAAGUACUACUGUACUUUAGAUAACUGUGGCAAGUCUUUCGGAACAAUGACAGCUAGAGACUGCCAUGCUAGACUCCAUUCCAAGUUCCGACCAUUUAAAUGUCACCUUUGUUCAAAGAGCUACACUCAGAACAUGAACUUAAAGAAGCAUUUGCUGAAGCAUUCUCAUCCAGAUUUAGACGUUAGAAGAGUCUUCGAGUGAAGAUAUUGCGACAAGAAGUUCACCGAGAAGUACACAAGGAAGACUCAUGAGAGAAAGUUCCAUUCAGAAGCACUUUAGGUCUGCCAAAGACUCAGAGAUACAUAAACUAAUUCUGAUAAAUUCAC